GUUGGCCCGGGCCGGAGGAGAGGAGUUGCAUGUGUAGCUUCAGCUGGCGGUAGUGGCGGGAGCGGAGGUGGCGGCGGAGACCGCCUGGGUAACGACCCCUCUUGCUUCUCCCGCUUCCGAGAAGCUCGUAGAGAGCGUGGGGAAAGCUGAGGUUUGUGAGAUGGCUGCUGACAUUUCUGAAUCCGGUGGGCAUGAUUGCAAAGGCGACCCGAGGAGCAAUACCAAGUUAGAUGCAGAUUACCCGCUCCGAGUCCUUUACUGUGGAGUCUGUUCAUUACCAACAGAGUACUGUGAAUAUAUGCCUGAUGUUGCUAAAUGUAGACAGUGGUUAGAGAAGAAUUUUCCAAAUGAGUUUGCAAAACUUACUGUAGAAAAUUCACCCAAACAAGAAGCUGGAAUUAGUGAGGGUCAAGGAACAGCAGGGGAAGAGGAAGAAAAGAAAAAACAAAAGAGAGGUGGAAGGGGUCAAAUAAAACAAAAAAAGAAGACCGUACCACAGAAGGUUACGAUAGCUAAAAUUCCCAGAGCGAAGAAGAAAUACGUAACGAGAGUGUGUGGCCUUGCAACUUUCGAAAUCGAUCUUAAAGAAGCACAAAGAUUUUUUGCUCAAAAAUUCUCCUGUGGUGCCUCAGUCACAGGGGAGGACGAAAUCAUCAUUCAGGGGGACUUUACAGAUGACAUAAUUGAUGUCAUUCAGGAAAAAUGGCCAGAGGUGGAUGAUGAUAGCAUCGAAGAUCUUGGAGAAGUGAAGAAGUGAUUUUGAAAAUUUGUCUGUAUUUAAUGGUCUGAACUGAGUUGAUAUGGCCAAGGGGGAGAGGCCUUUUGAAAAGAUAUAUAUUUAUCCUACAGUAAAACUGUAGACUACCCUCGCCCUUGGCAUUUUCACUGUUCUGUACAAGGCUGCUUGUUUUUUUUAUUGCCAAAGUCUAAUGAAUAGGGGAGACUGUCAUGCUUAUGCAUGAAAUAGAAUUUAGUCAAAUAAAAAUUUUUGGUCACUUGGUACUGACUUCUCUUUCUCCCUUUUUAACUUUUUAUUUUUGAAAAAACACUGUAGACGUUUUUGUGGAACGCUUAUCUGUCGAUUAUUUUUAAAUGGCCAUGAUUUAAUCAAAUCAUGAUAUUUUUUUUUUUUUUUGAAUUUUUUAAGCUGAGUAAUAUUUUAAAGAAUUUGAAUUUGGCUUCAUCCCCAGUAAUAAGUAUCUCCUUGCUUCUUUGGUGUGAUAGUUCUGAGAUGCUGCACAUCUAAUAGAUUCGUGGUUGGAUUGGCUUCAUUGUUACCAUCCAUGUGGGCACGUCACCACACUGUCACCACACUGUCGGUAGGAGUUGUUCGAGCUCUUCUGAAGAUUAUUUGUAAAGUAUAUUAAAAGCCUUAAAACCAUCUGCACUGUUUGACCCAGUAAGCCGCUUCCUUGACAUUAUCCCGAAGAUAGAAGUCUUGCGUUCAUCAUGAUGUUACUCAUGUUAUCAAAAAAUUACAUACAAAUGAUACACAUGAACAAUUGGGAGAUUGUUAAAGAAAUGAUGUUGCAUCACAUGGUCGACGACUAGGUAUAUAUUUUAAAACAUUUUCCAAGAAUACUUGGAAAGAAAUUGAAUGACGUUAACUGGGGUGCAGACUCCAAUUCCAUUUUAUAUUAUCAUCAUUAUUGUUUUGAGUGGAAGGCCACUCAGGCUUAGAGUUCUUGUUCCGGCUACAAAUUAUGUGUGUAAAAUUCUGCUAACCAGUUGAAAAUAAUAUAAACCAUGUUCAAUAUAUUGUCUGGGAAAUAACUGAAAUGUGUUUUUCUCAGAAGAGAAACAGUGACAAUUUUAACGAAUGCACUAAAUGAAUUUAAACUUUGUUUUUAUAAAGGUCUUAAGUCAGGUGCUACAAAUUGAAAAGAUUCAUGGUAUUUUAAUUGCUUGUAGAUACCUUUAAGAAAUUUAGAACCUAUUGUUUACUGCCAUGCAAAUUAUAAUCUUGAAUGAAUGGUUUUUAAAAAAUAAUUAAAAUCUUAAAAUGUGUAGUAAAGAUGUAAAUUUAAAAAAUGAAAUUCUGCAUUAACUGAGUUUUACUAAAUACAAUUAUCUAAUGAAGCAAAUUUAGCCACCAAGAUCAUUUGGUAUGUGUUAUGUACGCCGUUGGUGCUGGAAGAUGUCUGUGUGCCUGUAUCAACACGUGACUUCAUGUAAAGAUUCUCAAUGUUCACAGUUCUUGGCAAGUGCAGUAGAUCUUACUGCAGGAAAAUGCAGAAUUAAAAUUGUCCUUGUGUAUAA